AUGGCGUUAUCGGCUGCUGACUUGCCGACGAUGUAUAAUCUCCUAGCGAAUUCAUUGAGCGGCGAUGAAAGUGUUCGCAAGCCUGCUGAAACUGCCCUAGCUCAAUCUGAGAACAGACCUGGUUUCUGUUCUUGCCUUAUGGAAGUCAUCACCGCCCAAGAUUUAGCUUCUCAAGCAGAUGUGCGGCUAAUGGCAUCGGUAUACUUCAAGAACAGCAUUAAUCGCUACUGGAGAAAUAGACGAGAUUCCUCUGGUAUAAGCAAUGAGGAGAAGAUUCAUCUGAGGCAAAAGCUUUUAUCGCAUUUGAGAGAAGAAAAUGAUCAGAUUGCUCUAACGUUGGCGGUGCUCAUUUCGAAAAUAGCUCGCAUUGAUUACCCAAAAGAGUGGCCAGAUCUUUUUUCGGUCUUAGCGCAGCGGCUUCAGUCUUCUGAUAUUCUUAGUUCACACAGAAUUUUUAUGAUUCUCUUUCGGUCAUUGAAAGAGUUGUCUACUAAACGUCUUCCUUCGGACCAAAAGAACUUUGCCGAGAUAUCAAGUCAGUUCUUUGAUUAUUGCUGGCACCUAUGGCAGACAGAUGCACAAACUAUACUUGGGGGUUUCACAGUUCUUGUUCAAAGUUUUAGUGCUUGUUCUUCUGAAUUAAACCAUGACAACCUUUAUCUUUCAUGUGAGAGAUGGUUUCUUUGUUCGAAGAUCAUUCGCCAGUUGAUAGUUUCUGGAUUUCCCAGCGAUGCAAAAUCCAUGCAGGAGGUGUGCCUGGUCAAGGAUGUAUCUCCUAUGAUAUUAAAUGCUAUCCAGUCCAUUCUUCCAUACUAUGCAUCUUUCCAGGAGCACUAUCCUAAAUUUUGGCAAUUCUUGAAGAAGGCAUGUGUUAAAUUAAUGAAGAUUUUAAUUGCAAUACAACAAAGGCAUCCUUAUUCAUUUGGGGAUAAGUCAGUCCUUCCCAUUGUCAUGGAUUUCUGUUUAAAGAAGAUUAUGGACCCUGAGCAAAAUCAUUCGUCAUUUGAUCAAUUUUUGAUUCAAUGUAUGUGCAUGGUGAAAACCAUUUUGGAAUGCAAAGAAUAUAAACCAAGCUUGACUGGUCGUGUCAUUGAUGAAACUGGAGUUACAUUUGAGCAAGCAAAGAAGAACAUAUCUGGUGUGAUAGCUGGUGUAGUGGCUUCACUUCUGCCCAGUGAUCGGGUGGUAGUGUUGUGUAAUGUGCUUAUCCGGAGGUAUUUUGUAUUAACUGUAAAUGAUUUGGAAGAAUGGUACCGUAGUCCAGAGUCCUUCCAUCAUGAGGAAGAUUCAGUUUUGUGGUCAGAGAAAUUAAGGCCUUGUGCUGAAGCUUUGUAUAUUGUUGUUUUUGAAAACCACAGCCAACUGCUAGGUCCAGUUAUCGUUUCCAUUCUUCAAGAAGCAAUGUCUGGCUGCCCUUCUUCAGUAAAUGAAAUAAGUCAAGGAUUACUUCUGAAGGAUGCUGCUUAUAGUGCUGCUGCAUUUGUCUAUUAUGAACUCUCUAAUCAUUUGAGCUUCAAGGACUGGUUCAAUGGUGCACUAUCUCUAGAACUCUCAAAUGAUCAUCCGAAUAUGCGUAUCAUCCACCGCAAAGUUGCAUUAAUCCUUGGCCAAUGGGUGUCGGAGAUCAAAGAUGACACGAGAAGGGCAGUAUAUUGUGCUCUGAUCAGAUUGCUUCAGGACCAAGAUUUGUGUGUCCGGCUUGCAGCAUGCAGAUCUUUGUACUAUCAUAUUGAAGAUGCAAAUUUCUCUCAGAGUGACUUCUUAGAUUUACUGCCAUUGUGCUGGGAUUUGUGUUUCAAUUUGAUUGAGGAAGUUCAAGAGUUUGACUCAAAGGUUCAAGUUCUAAAUUCAAUCUCUGUUCUUAUAGCAAAUGUCAAUGCAAUUUUGCCGUAUGCGGAUAAGUUGUUUCACUUCUUUAAAAGGACUUGGGAAGAAUCUUCUGGUGAAAGCCUUCUGCAGAUUCAGCUUCUUGCUGCAUUAAAGAACUUUGUAGUUGCUCUUGGUUACCAGUCUCCUAUGAGUUACAACAUGCUGCUUCCGGUUUUGCGGAGUACUAUUGACGUUAAUUGCCCAGAUGAACUUUUAGAGGAUGGCAUGCAGUUAUGGGAAGCUACAAUAUCACAUGCUCCAGCAAUGACACCGGAUCUGUUGGGAUGUUUUCCCUGUUUAGUGGAGAUUUUGGAGAGAAGUUUUGAUCAUUUAAAGGUUGCUUCAAGUAUAACUGAGGGGUAUCUAGUAUUAGGCGGAACAGAUUUUCUUGCUAUGCAUGGAUCUAGUAUUCCCAAACUUCUUGACUUGGUUAUUGGCAAUGUCAGCGACAGAGGGCUGCUAUCUAUUCUGCCUGUUAUUGAUCUUCUAAUUCAGUGUUUCCCAGUUGAUGCCCCACCAUUGAUCAGCUCUACUCUGCAGAAACUACUAAUCAUAUGCCUGACUGCAAAAGAUGAUCAUGAUCCUUCUAAAGCAACUGUCAAGGCAACUUCAGCUGCUAUCCUAGCACGGACAUUGAUCAUGAACACCAAUUACCUUGCACAGCUAACAUCUGAAACUUCAUCUCUCUUACACCUUCAGAGAGCUGGUUUUCCAGUCGAAGAGAAUGUUCUUCUUUGCCUUGUGGAUGUGUGGCUUGACAAGGUGGACAAUGUGAUUUCCAUUCAGAGGAAGACAUUGGGUUUAGCUCUCUCUGUAAUUUUGACCCUUAGGUUGCCUCAGGUAUUGGAUAAGCUCGAUCACAUUCUUAGCGCAUGCACAAGUGUAAUAUUGGGAGGAAAUGAGGAUUUAACAGAAGAAGAGUCAAGUGAUGGGAAUAGUCCUAGCCGUCCUCAUGUUCCAAGCAAAGAUUCCAGGAGGAGACAGAUUAAACUUUCAGAUCCAAUCAAUCAAGCAUCUCUGGAGAGCUCGGUGAGAGAGAAUCUUCAGACAUGUGCUGCGCUACAUGGAGAGUCAUUUACUGCAGCCAUCGGUAAAAUGCAUCCCGCAGCAUUGGCUCAAUUAAAGCUAGCAUUAAAUAUGCCAUAA